AUGGGAGACGCUGAGCCUGAAGAUGGGACGAUGAUGCCACCUUUCCCAGAGGAUGAUCCCGAUGACUCUGAUGACGAGAACAUUAGCAGCACUACAGCUAGAGCCACCACCUGCACCAAAGCUAGCAAUGCUGCUACUGCUACCGCUGCCACCAAGCCUAGCAGUGCUGCUACUGCUAGUGCUGCCACCAAGGCUAGCAGUGCUGCUAGCGCUGCCACUAAGCCAACUAGGAAACCUCUGGGAAACAUUGGCAAUGCCCCCAAACAGGCCAAAGUCCCCAAGAAGAGGACACAGACCUGCAAGAAACCGGCUCCAAAGAAUGCUAAGCGGUCAAAACGGACGAACCAGGACAAGACGAGUGAAGAUGCCUUAGCAAAGCAGGCCAAACAGGCAACGCAUCUCCAAGUGGAAGAUGACAUCUCCAGGCUUAGUGAAUGGGAUAAGGAAGACGCUGAGCCUGAAGAAGGGACGAUGACGCCUUUCCCAGAGGAUGAUCCCGAAACGUGGCCCGGGGGCGACGCUGAUGACGAGAACAUUAGCAGCACUACAGCUAGAGCCACCAAGCCUAGCAGUACUGUUAGCGCUGCCACCAAGCCUAGCAGUACUGUUAGCGCUGCCACCAAGCCUAGCAGUACUGUUAGCACUGCCACCAAGCCUAGCAGUACCUGUUAGCACUGCCACCAAGUCUAGCAGUACUGUUAGCGCUGCCACCAAGCCUAGCAGUACUGUUAGCGCUGCCAACAAGCCUAGCAGUACUGUUAGCGCUGCCAACAAGCCUAGCAGUACUGUAAGUGCUUGCACC